AUGAUGAACGAUUGCGAGGAUGAGGCAAUCCGUGCCGGUCAACUUAUGGAGACUCAGCGUCUCUUGGGCCCAAUACGAGACAGUUGGAAGAGUGGCAACUUCUGGGUCAUGUAUGCCGCUCGGAAUAAUUUUGCAUUCGACUCGAUCUAUUGGCAUGGCCGGUUAUUCUUUGGACGGACUCAAAGCUUUGAUCCUGAAAAUACCUGGAAGAAGAGGCUGCAUCUCUUGACAUCCGAAGAAAAGGAGUACAUAGAUAAAUGUGUAAAGCUGAAGUUUGAAGAAAUGGAUACGAGACCUCUUGUUUGGGACCCGAAUGAGUAUACUCGAGCAUACGAGUAUAAAUGGAUGAAAUGA